CACAUCAACCUCGCCAAUCCUCUCACCACACAUAGGAUGUGGCGUGGAGAAGUCUCCAAAAAUGAAACGAACACAGACCAAAGCCGCAUGUCUCAAAUGUCGGCAACGAAAAUCAAAGAUGUGCGUCGAGAAGAACUCCAAGUGCGAAUACUCUGUCGAGGAAGGAAAGACACAACAACAAGCCACGAAAGAGCAGCUCAGAUCAUACAAAGAUGUGUUGGCAUUGCUUCGGAAAAGUUCGCACAAGGAGAGUGAUGCUAUCUUGCACAUCCUCAGGAACAUGUCACUCGACGAUGCUUGCAGAUUUAUCCUCGAUGGACCAGUGUUCCUACCGAGUCGG